AUGGCCUCACAGACACCGAUGGAGGAUGCAAUGCGCCGGAAGAUCACCGAAGCGCUGAAGCCAAGCUUCUUGGAGAUCUACAACGACUCUCAUCUCCACUCCCACCACCAGGCAAUGGCCGGCAGCACUUCCAAGGAAACCCAUUUCCGGGUGGUCAUCACGUCCGAGGCUUUCAGAUCCAAGAUGCAACCCGCGAGACAUAGGAUGGUGUACGCGCUAUUGAAGGAGGAGAUGGCAAAGGAAGGAGGCAUCCAUGCCUUGCAGUUGAGGACUCGGACACCAGAGGAAGAACAACGUCAAUUGGCGCAAGAGAAGGAGGAGAAGAAGGGCGAGCCCAUUGCGGAUGCAGACGUGGAGGCCGCCUAG